ACUGGAUAGGAGUUAUCCGAGACUCGAGACUCGCGUGUGAGUACGGCUACGAGGAAAGACAUUAGACGUCAUGUACAGGCGCACAAGUAAAAUAUAUACGUAAAGCAAGAGUAAAGAGUAAAGAGUAAAGAAACUCCGGCGGUUUCACUGCUCACCUCUAUCUUAUACUCCAAACUAAAAAGCAUCUGAGCUGAGUAGAGCUGAAUUUACAAAGGUGGGGGCCCUUGAACCGCAGCAACGCUCACCGCGUUCUCCAGGGGCCAGUUCGGCCAGCCAGUUUCGUGUGUAUGAGCGAACGGCGCGGGUGUUUAAUCUGCCGUUGGCACGACCAUUAAAAAACUUCAUGUACUGUUUCUGUGACUGUGCUAUGUAUGAGUUACUGUGAUAAGUUAAUUAUUCAGUAUAAAAUCAUCUACUGUUGAUUGAUUAAACUCACAUCAACAACAGUUGACACUUAUUGCUCGAUUAUUGAUACAUAAUAUAAUAUAAUAUGAUAUAAAUUAACAGGAAAUGAAUUAACAUCAGAAGCGCAGAUUUAAGCUACCAUUUGAAAUCCACCGAUUCGUGAUUCAUGAUCAUCCGAUCAGAGUGAAAUUGAUUAUGAAUAAAAUCAAUAAAUUGAGUUUAUUAUUAAUAUGUCUGUGAGUUUAAUUCACGUGGAUUAAAAUGCCAAGGAUUUACGCGCGAACUCACCAAGAAAUGCUCUGCUUACUUUUCGCAGUUUUAACGAGCCUCGCUAUCGGAUCGCUGUCGCACUCGACGCUAGCGAUAAAUGAAGACUAUCAGGAAGCGUAUUUCAAUGGUACGGGAUUCCUCAAGCUCGGCUCGACGAUUUCAGUUCAUCAACACAGCGGAUUAAGCUUCCGAACUUGCGAGGGCGGAAGAUUGUUCCUCCAGACCUACAACGAUGACAUGAUUAGUCUGGAUGUCACCCCGGACGGGCUGAUUUUCACCGCUAUCAUCGACAAGCAGCGAUACGAGGCGAAACUUAUCGCUAAGCUGCUUAAUAACAUGUGGUACAGCAUUAGCCUGCUCUUCAAACUCGACAAUCUAACUCUCACUGCCGCUGGACACAGUCAAAUCAUAGCCAACGCAACUUACAAUUCAGCUAUUCUCACGCUGCCUGAUUAUAAUGUUAAUAAUACUCUAAUUGUCGGUGAAGGCUUCAAAGGAUGCAUUCGUCAAGGACCCGGAAUUCUUUUUAAUAAUACUUAUAAUUAUGGAGCUAUUUUGGGAAAAUGUCCCACUGAUUUACGUGGUUGUGGACAGAGCAAUGUCGGGAGUACAAUGAGAGGGCUAUCGAGUGAUACAUCCAAGAAUUACUGUCACAAUGAGCCGUGUAUGAUGCACGGAAAGUGUAUCCCCCUGGUAGACGGAUACGAGUGCCAGUGCUCAGCGAGAUAUUCCGGGAAAAACUGUCAGAUUGACAAUGGCUCGCCGUGUAAUAGCAAUCCGUGCAGAAAUUUUGGAACUUGCAAGGAAGACGAGAAGGGAGACUACAUUUGCAUUUGUUCUCAUCCGUACACGGGUUAUCACUGCGAGUCCCAAUUGAGCGGACGCUCGUGCAAAGAUAAUCCCUGCAGAAACAAGGGCAUAUGUUUGGCAUUCGGUGAGACUGACUACAAAUGCAAAUGUGCUCCUGGAUGGGCUGGAAGACACUGCGAAAUAGAUAUUAACGAGUGUGACCCAAAUCCCUGCAAAAACGGCGGUCGGUGUGUUGACGGAAUCGAUACUUACACGUGCAGGUGUGAAAGCACUGGGUACGAAGGUAAAAACUGCGAAAUAAUCAUCGACGAGUGCGUAAACAACCCCUGUUUGAACAAAGGCCACUGCUACGGCAAUUACGGCAGCUAUUUAUGUCACUGUCCGCAAGGAUUCAAGGGCCAGAAUUGCGAGCUGAAUCUCAACGAGUGUAUUUCAAGCCCGUGCAAAAACGGAGGUACCUGCGUCGACGACGUCGGGUCUUAUCACUGUAAUUGCCUAGCGGGUUUUGCCGGAGAGCACUGCGAGAGACGGAAUAACUGCGAAAACAGGGUCUGUCCUUCGAACAGCAUUUGUCUGGACGUCAAGGGCGGUGCUCAGUGUGUUUGCAAGCCAGGGUACAUGGGGAAUCCUCCGAACUGCAGCAUAAACUUGUGCGCUAGCAACCCCUGCGAAAACGGCGGUACCUGCAGCAGCAAUAACGACGGCUACAAUUGCACUUGCCCGCCCGAAUGGAAAGGAUCGCAUUGUCAUAUCCCGGUGUCUGAUUGGUGUUCGGUGUGUUAUAACGGUGGUACUUGCAUUGAAACCAUCUAUGGUGUGAUGUGCCAGUGCCCCAGAUUUUGGACUGGAUCCCAGUGCAAAGAGCCAGUCACCUGCCGAGAUAACUUGCCUUGUAGACAAGCGACUUCUUGCCAUGACUAUCCUGGGGGUUAUUACUGCAGCUGCGAGCCAGGUUGGACUGGACCGGAUUGCUCGAUCGACAUUGACGAGUGCUCUAAUGAUCCUUGUCGGAACGGAGGAAUUUGUAUCGAUCAAAUAAAUAAUUAUUUUUGUCAAUGUUUGCCGGGUUUUACGGGUAAGACAUGUCAAAUAAACGUGGACGAGUGUUCAUCGCAGCCAUGCAUGAACGGCGGAACCUGCAUCGACAGUACAAACGGCUACUUCUGUAACUGCACAUCUGAUUACAUGGGGGAGCACUGCGAGCGCGAGUAUGACGCCUGCGCAAUAAACCCUUGCACGAACAACGGAACCUGCACCCUGAAACCGCGCUCCAAACUAGAGUACGCCUGUCACUGUCAACCGGGCUUCGAGGGCAAGAACUGCGAGAAAGACAUCGACGACUGCAUCUCUGUAGUCUGUCCAGGAGACCGAGUGUGCGUCGACGCGGUCGCAGGUUACGAGUGCAAGUGUCCAGAAGGCUACCGUGAGCCCAACUGCACCUUAAUAGUGAACUACUGCUUGGAAAAUCCCUGCAGCAACAAUUCAACCUGUGUGGACCUAGGCGAGCUGGACAGCUUCCGUUGCGACUGCACUCCAGGGUACACUGGAACAAUCUGCGACCUGGACAUCAACGAGUGCGAGUUACUAGGUAACAAGUCCUGCAACAACGGGAUCUGCAUCAACACCGCCGGCAGCUACAACUGCUUCUGCCGUCCUGGACUUUCCGGGGACCACUGCGAAGUCGACGUGAACGAGUGUCUCGGCGGGCCCUGCCAGCACAACGGGACCUGCAUCGACAAGAUAAACUCAUACGAGUGCAGGUGUACUCUCGGCUAUGGUGGGAAAGACUGUGAUAUCAACAUUGACGAGUGCGAGAGCAAUCCUUGCAAGAACAACGCCGUCUGCAUCGACCAAAUCGCAGCUUACACCUGCGACUGCGUUCUAGGAUUCACUGGGCACGACUGCGAGACCAACAUCAACGACUGCGAGUCCCAGCCGUGUCUAAACUACGGCCGGUGCAUCGACGGGAUCAACAACUACACCUGCGACUGCAAGAACACCGGAUUCGAAGGCGAUCAUUGCGAGACAAACAUCGACGAGUGUCUCUCCAACCCUUGCGUGAACCAAGCCGUCUGCGUCGAUGACAUAAAAACCUACAAAUGCCGCUGCUUCACAGGUUACACCGGGCAGAACUGCGAGAUCGACAUCAACGAGUGCGAGAGCUCUCCCUGCCAGUACAACGGAACAUGCUUGGAAAGAUCCAACCAGGAGUUGUACAAGAGCAACGCCAGGAACUUACCUGCAAUAUUCACCCAAGAAUUCAGCUACGCAAACGCCAGCGGGUAUGAAUGUCUCUGCGUCCAGGGACUGACUGGCCAGAACUGCGAGAAGAACAUCAACGAGUGCGAAAGCAACCCUUGCAUCUACGGAAAGUGCAAGGACAGAAUCGGCGGGUACACUUGCGAGUGCGAUGACGGAUUCGAAGGCGACCACUGCGAGCAUGACAUUGAUGAAUGCAUGCGCUACCAACCUUGCCAACGUGGAAACUGCUCCGAUGCAGUCGCUGAUUAUUACUGCGCUUGCGAACCGGAGUACGGUGGGAAGAACUGCUCAGUGGCGCUGAUCGGGUGUCAAGGUAAAGCUUGCCAAAACGGAGGAACUUGCUGGCCUUAUUUGUUCAACGAAACCCAGCAUCGGUUCAACUGCACGUGUCCUUACGGUUUUCACGGGGACAUUUGCGACCAUGUGACUACUAUGUCGCUCAGCGGAAGUUCUUACGUGAUGAUUAACACGAGUCGUGACGAAGGGUAUGAUAUCCAAUUUAGAUUCCGGACGACUCUUCCCAACGGACUGCUGGCUAUGGGCAAAGGAACUACCUUCUACAUCCUGGAGCUGGUUGACGGCAAGCUUAAUUUGCACUCCAGUAUUUUGAACCGCUGGGAGGGAGUCUUUAUAGGAAGCGGGCUUAAUAAUUCCAAGUGGCAGAGAGUUUUUGUAGCUAUCAACGCGACGCAUUUGGUGCUGUCUGCUAAUGAUGAGCAGACUAUCUAUCCGAUUAAUUUGAACGAAGGGUCAACGACCUCUCCGACGACUUUCCCGACGACUUACAUCGGAGGAACUAUCAGCUAUCUUCGGAAAUUGACUCACGGCCCGCCGUUCUUUAUAGGGUGCACUGAAGACGUGAUUAUUAACGGAGAGUGGAUCUACCCGGAUAUGAAUUCUGAUAGUGUGCUGAUGGAGUCCAUUGAGCCUAGGUGUCCUCGCGAGGAGCAGUGUCUUCCGAACCCUUGUAAAGCUGGAGGACACUGUACUGAUCGCUGGCAAGACUUUUCUUGUAAGUGCGAGCGACCUUACCUUGGACACACUUGCCAGUACAAUAUGACUGCUGCGACUUUCGGGUACGAGAAUAUCAAAGACGGAUACGUGACGGUAAAAGUCGCUGACGCUGCAAGACGAGCUAUGAGGUACAUUGUUGACAUUUCGAUGUUCAUCAGGACUCGCGAGCAGCGGGGUGAUAUUUUUUAUCUAGGAUCUGAGUUGAGUCCUUCUGAUCCCAAGUACCUGGAGAACACCUACAUCGCAGCGCAGCUGGAAGGAGGAGAACUACUGGUGCGCAUGCAGUUCAACGGCACUGAGUCUUACACUGUUGAUGGAGUCAAGCUCAAUGACGGCAACAAUCACUUGAUCCAGGUGAUCAGGAACCUGACUCUUGUCCAGGUUAAGAUUAACGGAACCGAGUACUUCAGGAAGACUAUUAGUGCUACAGGACAGCUCAAUGUUACUGUUCUGUACCUGGGUGGGCUUCCCCAGGUCUCGAGGUAUAUUAGGCAGGUCGACAGGAGCCAGAUGGAGCUCCAGGUCCCGCCGAACAACAAGGUGAAUUUCAAGGGUAUUAUUCAGGACGUGAGAAUAUCAAACGGAGCCGAGACUAUGGUUGUGGAGUUCUUCCCGCUUAAAGCUAAGGAUAUUCCUCCGCCGAUUCAAUUCGGAAAUGUUACUCUGGAUAAGGAAAAGGUGUUGCCUGGUGAAAUAUCUGAUCCGGUUUGCAAGAGCAAUCCUUGUUAUCAUAAUGGAACUUGUCAUGUGACUUGGAACGACUUCUGGUGCCAGUGUCCGAGAGGGUACACUGGAAAGACUUGUCAGGAAAUGGAGUUUUGUCAGCUGCAAGAUUGUCCUCAGGGAUCCAAGUGCCAGAACCUUGAUGGAGGGUACGAGUGCAUCGCCAAUGCUACUUUUGACGGGACAAGCACUUCUUUCACUUAUGUUUACAACCAGUUGAAGAAGAAGAAUAUUAUGGAGUUCGGAAUUGACUCCAUAGAAAUCAUGUACAGGUCCAACAGCGGAGGUACUUUGAUGCACAUGGCGCCUCACGGUUCAACCGACCAGCAUUUCACCGUCUCUGUCUACAAAGACAACGUAACAGUCGCCUGGAAAUUGGACGUUCUUAACCAAGACACUGUAUCUUUCGGCAAAGACGUGGCCGACGGCAACUGGACCUCGAUAAUUCUCAAGUUGUCCACCAACCAGAUAGUCUGCGGGUACAAGAACACUCUAGACGAAACAACAGUGCAUUCCAGCACCAAGUUCAACCUGCUAGCGUGGUACGACCUGCUGAGCACCGGAGCGAUAACCCUGGGCGGCCUAGCCAGUAGUUUAUGGACCGCCAGUGGGUUCGACAAAGGAAUCAACGGGAACAGCGUGGAGCUGCUGGAACACCAGCUAACCACUUCGACUCCUCCGCAUGAAAUGAUGUCUGGAGAAGCUUUCAAAGGUUGUUUAGGCGAGGUCAGGAUUGGAAGCAUGCUCCUGCAUUAUUUUACAUUCGAGCAAGUUUACGGAAACGCGAAUUUCACUCCGAGUGAGUACUUGGCGCUGCAGUCAAACACCAGCCACAGCAUCGGAUGUCAGCUGUGCUUCGAGCACGAGUGCAAGAAUAAUGGUCACUGUCACGACGAGCUGAACAGCUACGUGUGCGACUGUCCGUCGGGGUACACUGAAGCGGACUGCUCGGUGGACAUCGACGAGUGCGAGAACAAUAAUUGUCAGAACAACUCGACUUGCAUUGACGGGAUCGCCAAUUACACCUGCGAGUGCACUAGAGGCUGGCAGAGCUGGCAGUGCGACAAGGAUGUCAACGAGUGUGUGCCAACGAGUCCUUGUCAGCACGAUGGAGUGUGCGUCAAUCUCCCUGGAUCUUUCAAGUGCGAGUGUCCAGACUCCUUCACUGGAGAACUCUGCGAACAAUUCCGGCUGAUUACUUGCAAGGAUCAUCCGUGUGAGAACGGGUCCACUUGCAGCGACGUCGUUAAUCAUGAGACUGGAGAUAAUUUCACUUGCAGUUGUCUUCCAGGGUUUGAGGGUGUCAGGUGCAACGUCGCUUACUGCAAUGUCAAGAACCAGCGGUGCCAGAACGGCGGCCGGUGCGACUCCUUUUCUUAUCAGUCGCCACAGUGUACUUGCUUGAGCGGAUUUACGGGAAGAUAUUGCGAGAUUAAUAUUGAUGACUGCGCCAAGGAUGAGCAAGGCAAUGUUCCUUGUAAAAAUGACGGAGCUUGUGAGGAUGGUAUUGAUAAUUAUACUUGCAAUUGCACGGAGACAGGGUACACUGGGCCCAAUUGCAGUGAAGAUAUUGAUGAGUGCGCGCUUGAGGAUUAUGACUGCGGAAACGGAAAAUGUAUCAACUUGCCUGGGUCGUUUCAUUGUGAAUGCGAGCCUGGGUACUGUGGGUACAAUUGCGGGAUGGAAAAUCCUUGUCAUGAUGACAUUUGCUUGAACGGAGGAACUUGCGAGUGCAAUGUUGAAACCAAUGGGUAUGUUUGUGUUUGUCCUUCUGGAUUCACGGGGCAAAAUUGCUCGGAGUCGGAACAUCUGCUGGGAAGUCAAGUAAAGGACAUAGCUUUAAUCGUCGGACCCAUUGUGGCAGUAAUUCUCGCGGCGAUAACAGUAUCUGCAACGCUAUUUAUAAUAGCAGCGCGUAAAAAACGUGCCACCCGCGGGACAUACAGCCCCAGUGCGCAAGAAUUCAGCAACCCGAGGGUGGAAAUGGACAACGUAAUGAAACCACCUCCUGAAGAGCGACUGAUUUAAAGAACAAGAAGACGUUUUAAUCAAAACCAAUAACAGAAAAUCUCUCAGAAUUAAUCGACCAUUACGGUAAAAAUAAUAAUUAUUAUUUACUAUUUCUAGUCCUCGCCGCAUUAUUCUCGGACCUUAAACCAGAAGAUUAAGUAAAUCGCUGAGCUGUGCAAUUACGCCCGCUACAAUGAGGUAAUUACGUUCGAACAUAAUUGCCUGCGGUUAAAUCAAUAUAACGAUUUUAAAAUUUAUUUUUUUUUUUUUCUCUAAAUAAGCAAACCGCUCGGGGUAUUUAAUAUCCAGGGCUUUUAAAGCAAUUUAUUAAGUGUACUUAACAGUAAACGUAAAACUAAAAAAUUUACUAUUACUAUUACUAUAUUACUCAUAUUUUACAAAAAUAAAAUCAAUGUUAUUAAGGCAUCGAAAAAAGACCCGUCCAUAUAGUGCCUAAUGAAUUUUUAAAUAUCCGAGUUAUCAUAUUUUAUAAAUAUUAUUAUUAUUAUUAUUAAUUAUUAAUUAUUAAUUAAAUGACAAUUAUCAUUAAGCGUAACGAGACAUGACUUGUGUGGUAGUAAAUAUUUUUUUUUUAUUACUCAUUCGAAAUAUUUAAAAUGUAUUUUAUUUUAAAUUUAUUUAAUUAAUUGCACGGAUUUUAGUAUGUGUUAUUUUUGUAAAUACUUAACUAGGUAAUUGUUCAUUUAUACCAGUAAUUAACCUUUUAUAUUAUAUUUAAUUUAAUUAACUAAUUAUUACUAUCAAUAUUUAAUUAAAUUGUUAAUAAUUAUGUAAUACCAUCGCGACCAAAGUAAUUAAGCGAUUAAAAUAAAAAUUUAUAUUAAAAAAGAGGGUGGGGAGAAUCUCUAUAAAGAAUUUCUCUAUAUUUUAUAAUCCUUCAGGAGAAAUUUUUAUUUUAAAAAACUCUCAGUAUAAAACUCUACAAUGAAAACAAAUCAAUUUAAAAAAUCCUUCUUUUGAAAAUCUCUCAAGAAACAAUCUCUCAGAAACAAAAGCUCGAUAUUUUGCUAAAUUCAUGUAUAUUCUUUUUUUAUUAAAACGGGAAAAUCGAACGCAUUAUGCGCGCUUCCGUCGACAAUUUCAUUAAGGAGAUAUUGCCCAAAAUCACUUUUCUUACAAUAUUCUUCAAUUUUUGAAUACGCGUACUUUUAAGUGUCCUCUAUACGAAUAAAUUUUUUUUAAUAGUCCUUGCUGGCUUAAUUUUCAAAAUAUUAGCAAUUAAAAAUCGUACAUUUAACAUGUAUUCCCUGUCCUGACCGUAGUUAGAGUGAACAUUUUAUUGAAUAACAACCAUACUUUUCUUAGGAUUUUUUUUUUAAAACUAAGAAUAUUUAAUUGAAGUUAUAACAAGUAUUUUUUAUCAAAAAUAACACAAACGAGCGGUAUUCAUUUUUUUAUAAAGAAUGUUUGAAGUUAGUGACUUUCGAUAUUUUACUUGAGUGGAAGUAAGUGAGCGAUAGUCUGUAAAGAGAGGCAGCACUAGUACGUGAGAAAGAAACCAAUAGUCCUAACCUAUUGGUGUCUUUUUCUUGGGGCAAUACCUCCUUAAUCAACAUUUUUACAAAUUUAACUCAUUAAUAUUUAACCGUUGCCAUGGUAACCGUUGCCAUAGUAACCGUUGCUAUGGUAAAUGUUAUCAUAGUAACCGUUGCUAUGGUAAAUGUUAUCAUAGUAACCGUUGCUAUGGUAAAUGUUAUCAUAGUAACCGUUGCUAUGGUUACAGUUGCUAUGGUAAUCGUUACCGUAGCAACGGUUACUAUGAUAACUGUGGUCAUAGUAACGGUUACUAUGAUAACUGUCGUAAUAGUAACCGUUGCUAUGAUAACCAUUGUCAUAGUAACCGCUGCUAUAGUAACCAUUACCAAAGUGGUCACCAUAGCAACGAAAAGCGACAAUAAUG